AUGGAGGUUCCUCAGCGCCAAUUCACGAGGGAGGAGAUCAAUAGAUGUUAUCUGAGAUGGCAACAGUUGCGCAAUGAACAUGGCGAGAACGCUCCCAAUAUUCCUGAGUUCAUAUACUUUACCAAGGUCCUGCAGGCAGCUGCUAAACAACAACAUACUCUGAAGCAACAGCAGCUUUCCAGUGACACUGAUCAGAACAAUGCUGCUCAAUCCGCUGCACCAGGAACAACUGGUCCUAAUAUCAUAACUCAAGAGCCAAUGGUAGUAAAUAACAGGAAUGAUUCUGGUAGAAACCCGAAUAUGAAUGAUUUGUCUCCAACGUCUUCACAAUCAAUACCGACAAAGCAAGGAUAUACCGAUGCCCGAGGUGAUAACACAAAAGGGUUAAACCAGAAUUCAAUGCCAUUGACUUCAACGGGGAAUGAACAAAACUCAAAAACACAAAACAUACUAGGACAGGCUCCAACACCAGGAGCAGGCGAUCACUCUGCAUUUAAUAGUAAAACACAAAUGAACCAACAUCAGCAACAGCAACAGCAGCAACAGCAACAGCAGCAACAGCAACAGCAGCAGCAACAACCGUUAGGAAGAAUUGCGUUCGAUCAAGCGCACGUAUUGAAAGCUCAAGUUACAGCCCUGAAAUGUUUGGUUAAUAAACAACCAAUAUUAGAAACCUAUCAAGUGGCUAUAAAUAAUUCUAUAAAAAACCAACCGGACUUCAGAAAACUGUUGAAAAGUUUGAGUGACCAUUUGAAAGUGAAAACCAUUAAACAACAAUCCUUAUCCCAAUCACAGACAGAAGGCCAAGAACAACUUCAAAUCCAGUCAAAAGCUCAACAGAACCAGGUAAGCCAACAAAAUUUGCAAACUCCAUCAAAUAUUCCAGCAUAUCAAGCUCCCCCACAUCAACAGGAGAAUGUCAGCAAACCUGCAGGUAAACGAGCUCAAAAUACAAAUAAUGGAGGAGUUGACAAUAAUAACAAUAUGAAAACUGAGCUAAAUAGGGGAAAUAUAAAUCAAACACAAAAUCUAGCGCAAUUAUCACGCAAUGCAUCAAGUUCCCAAAUUAAUAAUACAGAUCAGAUAUCGAAAAAAGUUGUUAAUUUAGAUAUUGUUGGAAAGGAAGGAAGUAUACCUUUUCAAUCCGAGAUCAAGCCUGAACUUAAACCAACUCCAGUGAUCCUUGAUGAAGAACCACCAAAGCAUGAGAUACCUAUUCCAUUUACGAUGUUUAAAAAAUUACAUCCAACCAUCGAAAGAGUAGAAGAAAUAGAAAACCCGGACGUGAUGGUGGACUCAUUUACAUUACCUGAUUUAGACGAUAGGCCAGUCAGCUACGAUGCUCUUUUUUCUACACCAAAUAACGUAGCAAGUACUAUUGAACCUGGUUUAUUACCACCCGGUGUAGAUAUCCAUGGAAUUACAGAAUUGUAUCAAACGUUGAUUGCAUUAAAUAUCGAUACCACCGUUGAUAAUUGCUUAUCCGAAUUAUUAAAUGAAGAUCUUGAUUCAAAAUCGAAAGAAGAUGCUCAGUAUGAUUAUUAUGCAUUGCAAUCAUUGCCACUUCAGAAGGCUGUAAGAGGUCAUCUUUUGGAAUUCGAAUGGCACCAAAAUAACCUUUUAACUAACAGUUAUCCUAACUUUUUGUCUAAAAUGAGAAACGUUAAUAUACAAGAUGCAAUUAUGACAGAGGAAUUAUAUUAUAAAAAUCAAGUCCAACAAAAUGAAAAAGAGAGAGUUGGAAAAGCGAAGCAAUUAGAAGCCGUAACUAAAUUGUCAUCAAAUCUCUAUACUAAGAAUAUUGAUAGAAGAUCGAAACGUAUUAAAUUUGGUCACAAAUUGAUUAAUGCUCAUACCAAUUACGAAAAAGAAGAACAGAAAAGAAUCGAAAGACAAGCCAAAGAACGUUUACAAGCUUUGAAAGCUAACGAUGAAGAGGCUUAUAUAAAAUUAUUGGAUCAAACAAAAGAUACAAGAAUUACGCAUUUGUUAAAACAAACAAAUUCCUUUUUAGAUUCUUUAGCCGUAGCGGUUAAAGAUCAACAAAAGCAUACAAAAAAUAUGAUUGAUUCACAUACCCAUGAUGAACAAGGAGAACUUCCAGAACUUACGAAACUAGAUUCGAAUACUGUAUCUGACAAUGAUGAUGAAACUAAUGAUAAUGUCGAUUAUUAUAGUGUUGCUCAUAAAAUACAGGAAGUUAUCAAAGUUCAACCAUCAAUUUUAGUUGGCGGUACCUUAAAAGAAUAUCAAUUGAAAGGUUUACAAUGGAUGGUAUCCUUAUUUAACAAUCAUCUUAAUGGUAUCCUGGCAGAUGAAAUGGGUUUGGGUAAGACUAUUCAAACCAUCUCUUUGUUAACUUAUUUAUAUGAAGUGAAGCAGGUACAUGGUCCAUUUUUAGUUAUUGUACCAUUAUCUACUAUGACAAAUUGGAGUACUGAAUUUGAGAAAUGGGCUCCCACAUUGAGAACUAUUUCUUUUAAAGGUUCACCAAAUGAAAGAAAAAUGAAACAAGCAUACAUUAAGAAUGGCGAUUUUGACGUUGUUCUAACAACAUUUGAGUAUAUUAUUAAAGAAAAAGCAUUAUUAUCGAAGAUUAAAUGGAUUCAUAUGGUUAUUGAUGAAGGUCAUAGAAUGAAAAAUGCUCAGUCUAAACUUUCCUUAACUUUAAACACAUUCUACCAUUCAGAUUAUAGGUUGAUCUUAACAGGUACACCAUUACAAAAUAAUUUACCUGAAUUAUGGGCAUUAUUGAAUUUCGUUUUACCAAAAAUUUUCAACUCAGUAAAAUCUUUUGAUGAAUGGUUUAAUACACCAUUUGCAAACACCGGAGGUCAGGAUAAAAUUGAUCUGACAGAAGAAGAAACACUUUUGAUUAUUAGAAGAUUACACAAAGUUUUAAGACCAUUUUUAUUGCGUCGUUUGAAGAAAGAUGUAGAAAAGGACUUACCAGAUAAGGUUGAAAAAGUAAUUAAAUGUAAAAUGAGCGCAUUACAAAAGACUAUGUAUGAACAAAUGUUAAAGCAUCGUCGUUUGUUUGUCGGGGAGCAGGUAAACAAGAAGAUGGUUGGGUUACGUGGUUUCAAUAACCAACUUAUGCAAUUAAAAAAAAUUUGUAACCAUCCUUUUGUAUUUGAAGCUGUCGAAGACCAAAUCAACCCAUCAAGAGAGACAAACGAUGAAAUUUGGAGGGUUGCUGGUAAGUUUGAAUUAUUGGAACGUGUUCUACCUAAGUUAAAAGCUACUGGCCACAGAGUUUUGAUUUUUUUCCAAAUGACCCAAAUUAUGGAUAUAAUGGAAGACUUUUUAAGAUACAGCAAUUUGAAGUAUUUGAGACUAGAUGGUCAUACAAAGGCAGAUGAGCGUAGUGAAAUGUUACCCUUGUUUAACAAACCCGACUCUGAUUAUUUUUGUUUUAUUCUAUCAACAAGAGCUGGUGGUUUAGGUUUGAAUUUACAAACUGCAGACACUGUUAUUAUCUUCGACACAGAUUGGAACCCACAUCAAGAUUUACAAGCACAAGAUCGUGCUCAUAGAAUCGGUCAAAAGAAUGAAGUUAGGAUCUUAAGAUUAAUUACUGAAAAUUCUGUUGAAGAAGUCAUUUUAGAGAAAGCACAUAAAAAAUUGGACAUUGAUGGUAAAGUUAUUCAAGCAGGUAAGUUUGAUAAUAAAUCUACAGCUGAAGAACAAGAAGCAUUAUUAAGAUCUUUACUUGAAGCAGAAGAUGCUCGUAAGAGAAGAAGGGAAGAAGGUCUUGAUGAUGAAGGUGAAGAGAUGGAUGACAAAGAAUUAAAUGAUUUAUUGGCAAGAAGCAGUGACGAACUUGUAGUUUUUGCAAAAUUAGAUGAAGAACGUGCUCGUUCAGACUUAGAAAAAGGUAUUACUGAAAGAUUAUUCGAUUCAUCUGAGUUACCAGAAAUUUACCGCCAAGACAUGGGUGUUGAAAUUGAGAAGGAAGAAGCAGAAAAGAAAAAGGAAUAUCAUGGUAAAAGAGCUAACAGGAAAAUCCAGACAUACUCCGAUUCCCAAUCUGAAGCUCAAUGGUUGAAACAAUUUGAGGUUAGUGACGGCGAAGACGGCCCUAGCCAUUACGAUGAAGAAGGUCGCGAUCGUUACAAUGAAAUAGGUCCUAACCCUCAUGCUGAAGGUAGUACUAACACUGAUACUGAAGAAGGUGCCAAUGAUGACAACGAAAAUGAAUUUAACGAUAUUGCUAUGGAGGUAGACUCAACCAUUAAAUCAGAAAGUGAUGAAAAGAAACGUAAACUAGAAAUCAAUUAUGAAGUUUCUAAAAAACCAAAGCUUGAUGAAGAAGUAGUUCCAGAAGACACUAGUGUCACAGCAAGAGAUAACAAUGUGAGUGCAGACUCCCUAAACAAACACCCUCUAACCAGUACUGAUGUUGAUAGACAUGCUUUGUCUGAUCAUGAAGAUACAUACAGCGACCAACCAGAUUUACUUGCAACAAAAGGUAAAGGCCGUGGGAGAGGCAGAGGCCGUGGCAGACCUCGCGGUCGCGGUCGCGGUCGACCUCGAGGACGUGGAACUGGAAGAGGUGGAAUGUCUGCUACUUCAAAGCGUGGGUUGAAUUUCAUUCGUAACCCAACAUCCUCAUCAGAACCUUUAGCAAAAAGAGAAGAGAUAUCCAAAUUAGCGGAAACAUUAUAUAACUAUGCUUUCAACUAUAAAAACUCUGAUGGAAGGAAUCUUUCCGACAUAUUUAUGGUAAAACCUUCCAAGAGGUUAUAUCCUGACUACUACAUGAUUAUUAAAUACCCAAUGGCUUUGGAAAACAUUAAGACUCACUCUGAAACUUAUGCAUACAAUAAUACCUCCGAAAUUUUAGAAGAUUUCCAUUUAAUUUUUUCUAAUGCCAGAAUAUAUAAUCAUGAGGAUUCCUUGGUUUAUAAAGACUCCUUGGAAUUAGAGAAAGCAAUUCAAGAAGAAUACAAAAAACUGACUGGGGACACUGCAGAACUAGAUUUCAGUACGUUCGAAGAACACUACUGUAGCAAACCUUUAUCUGAACUAGCUACACAGGAACAAAAACCUGAUGGAAAAACCAAAUCAAUGAUUGCAGAAUCACAAGAUAAAGAAGAGACAAAAGCAGCCUCUCCACAAGACAUACCACGCAAUCCAGAAAUAAAAAAAGCAAAUGAGAAGAGUAAUGAAGAUAAGCCACAAGAUAAUUUAACCACAUCUGAUUCACUCGAGAGCACUUCAGAUUCCAAAGAAGAAACAACUGGACUUUUAGUCAAAGAAACCACAGAAGGUUAG